AUGGCGAUGAUGAUGACUGGCCGUGUGCUGUUGGUGUGUGCCCUCUGCGUGCUGUGGUGCGGUGUAUCGCCCGCCGCUGGCAUCCGUCCACUUCACGGAGGAAUGGCUGUCCGCGGUGUGACAUUCAGUCUUGAUGAGGCUCAAACGGAGCAUUGGAGACGCAGCUGCGAGUGGUGGUUUGUGGCGAGGGUGGCCGCCCUGACGUGCUGCCAGCGUGCGGUGCCUCGCGAGGAGGGAGGGCGGGAGCCCGCAAUUUGUCUCGUCGACUUGUUGCAGGCGUGA